AUGGGGGACAGGCAGGAGCGGGGUAUCCCCCAGGCCCUGCGGUGGCUGCGCAAGGAGCUGACGGCCCCGAAGAACCAGGACAAGGUGGACGUCGCCGAUGCGCUCUUCGUGCAGCGCGACCUAGGGCUGGCCCCCGGGUUCAUGAAGACGUUCGCCCGUGCCUUCCGCCAGACCGUCAAACAGGUCAACUUCACGGAGGGCGAGCGGGCUCGCUUCAUCAUCAACGACUGGGUCAAGGACAGCACCCAUGGGAUGAUCAGUGACUUCCUGGGGACGGGCACCGUGGACGACCUGACCCGCCUGGUGCUGGUGAACGCUGUGUAUUUCAAGGGGCUCUGGAAGCUGCCUUUCCCGGAGGCGGCCACGCGCCAGCGCAUCUUCCACAAGUCGGACGGGAGCAGCGUGGUGGUGCCCAUGAUGGCGCAGACGGCCAAGUUCAACUACGGCGAGUUCCUCACCCCAGACCAAGUGGACUACGACGUGGUGGAGCUGCCGUACCACGGGGACACGCUCAGUAUGCUCAUCGCUGCCCCCUACCGCCGAGAGGUGCCCCUGGCUGCCCUGACCCGGGUUCUCGACGCCCAGCUGGUGGGCAAGUGGAAGACGAACAUGACCCAAGUGCCCCGGCAGCUCGUGCUUCCCAAGUGA